CAUUCAUUAUCAUCAUAUCAUCUAUUGGACGUCCACUGCUGAACAUGAUACGACUUCCCAGAUGUCUAUCUUCCAGAUAGACCGGAUAACAAAAACAUUUGUGAGCAAAAGUCGCGCGAGCGUCGAGUCUGAACCGCGCCAUACAUUGAUCGUGCGUAUCGGCCGCGCUCGCCCGCGCGCCCGUCUCGCCUCCAGCCGCCAGUUGCCGCGGCGAACUCUAGUCGCGCAGACCGUUGUGACGCGACGCGAUUUUAUGUUCAAAACACCUAGUGUCAAAAUGCAAAGGAAAUUGGUAUUAUCUGAUCAAUCGUUGAAGAAACUCAUUAAAGAAGUGAAAAAGAGAGAAUGUUUGUGGAACCCACAUCACGAACGUUACAACGAUAGGUAUCGAAUGGCUAAGGCUUGGAUGGAGGUAGCGGAACUGAUGGAACUACCAGAGGAUCGCCUUCGAGUGAGGUGGAAGAAUCUCCGAGACCUGUUCAAGAAAGAAAUCAAAAAGUUUGGCUCCGUAAAUUAUACUGGAAAAUGGAGACAUUACAAUGCGAUGAAGUUUCUUAAUAAGGUCACUGAGAGCUCGAAACCAGACCAGACUGAGGAUACAGAACAAACUGAAGACCAGACUAAUAAAGACAAUGAAGAAGAAAACGAGGGAAACAAAGUAGCUACCAAAGAAGAAUUAACAGACGACGAUUUCGACUUUGUAGAUGAUCAAGAGAAUGUUACAGCUGGGAGCCACGAAGCAGAAGUAUACUUCGAACAGGGAUACGAGGAAGACCCCAUACCUGACAAAAUGCAAAAACUUCCGGAAGAAGACUAUGAUAUGAUGUUCUUGAAGUCUUUAGCGCCGUAUUUUAGGCAACUGGAUCCAAUAAGGAAGCUGGUGGUGAGAAGUAAGAUGCAGGACAUGCUGCUGAAUGAGAUCGCGGCCCAGUCGUCGGUAAGCCAACAGUUCCAUUCGAAGAAGAGUUAAUAAUAAUAGGUACAGAAAAAUUGUAAUAGUACGGAAGGAACAUAUUUUGAAAUUACAGCAAGAGUGAAUUUGUACAGGAAUAACUAUGUCUUCGUGAACCUCGCAAUCAUAGAAUUACAAAACUUAUAGGACCAAAAUAAUAUGAUCGAUAUGUUGGUUAGGUUAGGUUAGGAAAAAUUAGGAAAAUUUUAAGAGAAUGUAAGUAUAGAACUUCCGUAAUGGAGAUUGACUUGUAUAUGGGUGCGUGUUGAUUAUAAAAUGUUUUUAUUCAAUUGUUAAAUAUGUCGCCAAGAUUUCUUUAUAACAUAGGGCCUGCGGAGAAGAGGGACUUAGUCAGGUGAGAAUAAAAGUGUAUGUAGGAUUAUGAAUAGGAGAAGAGAAACAAUAUGAGAGAAAAGAAGAUGAAGACAAGAGUCCCUGGUCUCUACAGGCCUUUGGAUCAUUCGAUUGGGCGAUAGCGAUCCUUUGUUGAUAGUUUGAAAUGAUUGCACAAACAAAUAAUUAUAUUCUUAAAUACCAAUAAGUCUGCUCAGCUCUAUUAGUUUCAAGUCAAAGAGGGACUCUUCCUCAAGAGCAGCGUCCCCAAUCAAGGCGAUGUCGCGCAGCCUACGCCUCUGUGACUUGAAACUCUCGAAAGUCGAAACUAG